AUGGUCUCAUCACCUGUCAAGAAGCGCGAGAGUAUCGCCGAUGUGGCAGAUGCCAUGGGCCCGUGGUUUGACGGGGUGGCCUACAUGAAAUCAAAGAAGCACGGCGAAGCAUUUGUUUCCAAAGCGAAGAGUACCUCUGUUGCCAUUCUGGGUGGUGGAAUGUCCGGCUUGAUGACGAGUCUGCUGCUCGAUUCUGUUGGUAUCCACGACUGGCACAUCUAUGAAUCAUCUGGGCGAGUCGGUGGUCGCAUCCGUACGAAAUACCUCAACAACACGACUCCAGACCAGUAUCAAUAUCAGGAGAUGGGACCGAUGCGGUUCCCAGUUAGCAUUACCUAUGCUGAUACGAACGAGACACUCGAAAUCCAAGAUCACCGCAUGGUCUUCCAACUCGCCGGCGUUCUCAACAAGAUGAACAAACAUAAACGAGAUCUCCAGGUCAACUUCAUCCCCUGGAUACAGAAUAGCCCCAAUGUGCCCGCAGCCUCUGGCGGCAACCGUCUCCCCAACGGCUUAAUUCCUAGUGCCGCCCAAGUCGCUGCCAACUCAUCGCUAGUCUACAAGGCAGCCUCGUCCAAUGCAACAGCUGUCGCAGAAGCAGAAUCCGCAUACGAUAACUAUACCACAAUGAACAACCGGGAGACAAUCCGCAAGAUCGCAACCAACAUGUAUCAAGCCCACAAGCAAGCCGUCGAAGACGGCAUGUUCCACUGGUCCGAGGCCGGAUACUUGAAAUACGCGAUGGGCUACAAUACCAACAUAACCGACUAUGUCGAUGGCUCAGACACCUCUCCAAUCUGGAGCGAUAUGUAUGACGACGUCUACUUCGCAGCCACCAAAUGGCGCACCAUCGACAAGGGUCUGGAGUCCCUCCCUCGCGCAUUCUACCCACACGUCGCAGAGAAAACGACUCUCAACCGCACAGUCGCCGGACUGAUAUAUAACGAGACAGCCGGUAAAGUCGCAGUCGCAUGGCGCGACGAUCCCUUCCAGAUGGUACCGGAAACAAAAGAAUACGACUAUGCCGUGGUCACUGCACCAUUCAGCAAGGUCAGACUGUGGGAUCUACCCCGGUACUCAUCACUCCUGAGCCGGGCAAUCUCGACUAUGAACUACAGCCCCGCAUGCAAGAUGUCACUGCUCUACAAGACGCGGUUCUGGGAGCACAUGGAAAAGCCCAUCUUCGGCGGAUGUGGGUCAGUUGAUAUCCCCGGGGUCGGGAAUGUGUGCUAUCCCUCCUAUAACAUGAAUGCGACCGGACCGGGUGUGAUCCUAGCGUCAUAUAUCUCGGACACGCCCGCUCGGUCGACAGCGGCACUGAGCGAGGAAGAACACGUUGCGCUGGUCCAGCGCACGAUGGUUGAGGUCCAUGGUGAGAUUGCUGCUGAGCAGUUUACGGGUGUAUACAAUCGCCAGUGCUGGGAGGUCGAUCAGCAUCAGGCGGGCGCUUGGGCUAGUCCGCUUGUUGGGCAGCAGGAGCUUUAUUUGCCUGCUUACUACCAGACGGAGUUUAAGACUAUUUUCAUUGGGGAGCAUACUAGUUAUACACAUGCUUGGAUCUUUUCGGCGUUGGAUUCGGCUGUGCGUGGCACAACCCAGUUGUUGCUUGAUCUUGGUCUGGUUGACGAGGCUAAAGAGGUUGUUGAAACUUGGAUGGGGAGGUGGAUUAAGCUGUGA